AAAGCAGAGCCGGAUACCCUCUUCGUCUUCCACAGAUUCUCUCGUUUCUUUCUCCCAUCGAGCUCAAAUCAACUUCAUCAGGUUCUUUCUAAGGAAAAAGGAAUUUACUCUCUUGUCGAUCAAAUUCACCUAAAAGUGACUCGAAAACCAGCCGAUUUUGUCGAUAGAUCAUGGACAUUGAGCAGUUCGUUGAAGAAGCCGAAGUUCAAAACCAAUCACCGGAAGGUAAAGUUUCCAUGGAGAAGUGUAUGAAUUCACCAGACUCAGUCACAGGCUCGGACGAUACUGGCUUCAACUGCAAUAUCUGCCUCGACACCGUGCUGGAUCCUGUGGUGACGCUAUGCGGGCACAUAUAUUGCUGGCCCUGCAUUUACAAAUGGCUUCAAUUGCAGUCCAACUCCACCGAAAACCAAACCCCCAAACAGCCGCAGUGCCCUGUAUGCAAAGCCGAUGUUUCGGAUUCGACGCUUGUACCGCUUUACGGCCGGGGACAGACAAGCAAAGGAUCAAAAAGAAAGGCUUCUCAACUUGGCAUAGUUAUUCCAAAGAGACCUCUUGGUCCUGAUCUUGGCACACCAAGAACACCUAAUACUGCAAGUAGUCCACAAUUUGCACAUCAAAUACAACACCAUUUUCCAACUUCUCCGAUGCGUAGUCCCGGUGGCACUUACUCAUAUCAACCGCAAGUGUACGAUUAUCCACCUUCUCCAAUGCAUAGUCCUGGUGGCACUUACUCAUAUCAACCACAAGUGAACGAUUAUCCAUUUUCGCCCAUGCGUAGUCCCGGCGGCACGACAAUGAAUGUAAUGGAUCCACUGGUGCGAAUGCUCGGUGAAACAAUACACACAAGGGUUUUAGGGGACUCGAUUACGAAUUUAUACAUGUAUCCGAAUUCAUACAAUCUUGUGGGAAGCACUAGCCCUAGGAUCAGAAGGCACAUCAUGCAAGCUUAUAAGUCACUCGACAGAUUCAGUUUUUUCCUCUUGUGUUGCUUGCUUAUAUGUCUUCUUCUGUUCUAAUCUUACAUAGGUCUGUAUAUACAAAUUCGGCUCGAUGUAGCAAUAGUUUAAGAGAUGUCACAUCUUCUGUGCUGGGAUGGUGUUUUUUUUCCUUUCUUUUUUGAAUA